AUGGACGAAGCGCGACCUUCCUUGACCGCCGAGGACGUUUGGAAGGAUUUCGCCUGUCCGGAUGUCCCGAUCCGCAAAUGCACCGAUGGCGGCAAAUCGAAGCUCCCGGAGAGAAGGGAGGAGGGGGGUUACGAGAAGGACCGAGUCGGACACCUUCCGGCUUUGAUAGAGAUCAUAGAGUUCCUGGCUUGGAAGGCGAGGGAGGUGCCGGAUUAUCGGAUUCAUCUGGACCGAAUGCUACAGCUCUGCGGUCGUCCGCCACGUCUGGAGAAGACUUCGGAAAAUCUCUUCUGCGGUCGAGUUCUGCAGCGAUAUUUUACGAUGUUCGGAUACCUUCUGGUAAUCUUGCCCGCGCAAAGGGAGAUCCUGCAGGUCCACGAAGCCUUGCACGAAUUACUAACCAGGACGAAACCUGCUGUCAUCUCGGCAGCAAAGCCCGAGCUCUGCCGAGUCGCCAUGGAGAACUCGGAGCUUCCGGUCGUAGUCACGCGACUCGCGGAAUUUUCUCCUCCGCAUAUGUAUCCGAAAAUAUUGGACUUGAUAUUUCUCCUCGCGUCGGUCUCCUACAAAUGUUGCUACAGGAUGCUGGGGGCAGGCAUCCUAAAUUGCAUCAUGACCAGACUCGAUCCCGAACACGCCUCUCGGACUCCGUUUGAAUCCGCCCCGGAGUUAAGCGAGAGCGAAUUAAAGGACGAAGGUUACUACGAAGUCGUCGAUCGGACGACGAACGUCAUGUGGUCCCUCGUGAGAUCCGUUCUUCCGCCUAGAAGUCUUCCGACGUGUCUGGAGAACAUGCGUGCACCGAAUCGCCGAGCCAUGUGGGGACUGCGAUACGCUUUCAAGAGGGACGUCCGUCGCAGCAACGGAAGUAGCAGAAGCGCCGCUUUGCGCAACGACGUCGCUGCCCUUAUACUUGCCGGUCUCGUCGCCUUUCCUUCCUGGCAUGUCGUCAGGGUAGGUCUUGCGGAAGAUUUAAUCAUCUUAUCCGUUGCCACGGAACUCGGUACGAAAGGCACCUGGGCGGAGGGCGUCAUAUUCCGGUCGACCCGCGAAGACUUGGCCUUUAAGAAGAUCCUCCUCGUUACCGUUUGCUUCCUCCUGCAAAAGCAAGUUGCGAUCGGUAUAAUGAUCGAACGGAAAUCGAUGGCGGCGGUGCUGCAAUUGAUAAAUCCCGGCAUCGAGAAUUACAAGGUUCCAUGGAGCGAUUCGCAAUUCUGGCAGCUAUCGGAAUACGCUAUGCACGCUUUGACGCUUCUCGUACCGAAGAUGCCGAAUGAAUUCGUGAAACACGACGGUGCUCUCAGAUUAUCGAUGAUCGUCGAAUGGAGCGUGACCGUUGACUUCGACGUUCGGCUGGUGGAACAACUCGUCAAGACGAUCUGCUCCACCGUGACAGGGGGAUCCCUCGACAUAUUGCAGGAUUUCUACGAACAAGGGACGAUUGCCGCUCUUAUAAAAUUAAUAAAUUUCAUUCUAACUUUCGACACCCUGACCGUGAAACUUGAAAGAAUCGUGACGCUCCUCCUGAUAUCCAUCGAGGCGAUCAUGAAAAAUCAACCGAGACCACGAAGAAUGUACGAAAGCCACGGUAUCAUGGUAGUCGCACGAUUACUGGAAAGGUGCAAUUUGUUGAGAAACGAAGACUUCCAGCUGGAUCAAAGGCUCUUGAUCGCCAUUGGUAGCUACAUAUGGGAGUGCAUAGUUUGGUGUCCCGAGAAUCUCGAGGAAUUUCUAGAAAACGGCACCUUGUAUACCAUGUUGGACGUCAUCGAAUACGCCGCGUUUCCUGUGCGGUCCUUGUUCCUCGGCGUUUUGACGGACAUGUGCGACAGAUCCUUUUGCGGGGCGCAAUUAUGCACUUGGCGAGGGGCCGACAAGAAAAAGGGCUUCAUGUCGCUUUUGGCGAGGACAUGGAGGGAGGAAGAAAUUCGCAUCGGAGUUAAAAGAACCGCGGAUGGUUGCUUGGACGACGUCGAAUUACCCGCAAUGGGGGUCGAUCAAUGGAUCGAUACAUAUUACUCGAAGCUGACUUCGGAUUCCAGUCCAGCAAUAAUCGACACGAUGGGGUCCGCCAGGCCAAAGAUUUAUAGUAUACGGAAAAUCAUACAACGCGAAGCUGACGGGUACAAAAAAGCGAGAGAACACUACAGGAUCUUGCUGGACGAUUUGCCCACCGAGGAUUCCAUUACUAUGCUGAUCGUGGAUCACUAUUACCGACUAAAACAAGGGGAAGCGUGGAUAGAGGUUGCCAAAUAUUUGGAGCAGGUUGGCAUCGUCCCUUUGGGAAUGGACGGUGAGGUCAUGUUUCUGAUGAUUCAACGACAUCGCGGGUGGGGUGCGUUCAUCAAGAAUCGCCAGGAGAAGGUUCUGCAAGACGCUAGGAAAAAGGAGGUCUCCGACGAAUCGAAGGAAUUCGACAAGAUUCGCGAAUCGAAACUCAUCCUGGCGCUCGAGGGUCUCAAGGAGCUGGAGUAUAUUCGCAGAACGACUGACAAACGUUAUCUGGCCAAACGGAAGGACCUGCAGAGACAACAAAUAGACGAGGCCCUUCGUUUCCCGGUGACCGGGAACACCGAUCAUUGCCACAGGACCUUCAUAAGGAAUAGCAAUUUUACCACUAUUCUCGAUCAGUCCCACACUAUCCGCAGCGUGCAAGCGCCGGAUAAGGAGUUCGGAAGAGGGAAGCUACUUCCGGUCUCACCGGGGAGUUCUCGCCUUUCCUUGGAUGUUCCCACGGCGACCCUCUAUGCCGAAUCCGAUCGUUCCACUCCGUGUUACGCUUGUUUCCUCGGAGACGUGGCCUGUAAUCGUCACGGCCGAAAUUUGGCCGGAAGUCGACCGACGAUGAAAGGAAAUUAA